AUGGCAGGACUUCCUGUCGACUAUUAUACUGCCUUAGGUAUAUCCUCAACUGCAAGCCAGCAGCAGAUUCGAGAUGCGUACAAACGAGCCGCACUCAAAACCCACCCGGACCGCGUCGCCUCCGACUCUCCCGAGCGCGCCGAACGCACUCGCAAAUUCCAACUAAUAAACGACGCCUAUUACACCCUCUCGGAUGCCACUCGCCGCGCCGACUACGACUCCGCCCGCAAAUAUCACGGCUUCGGGUCCGGCGCAUCUACGGCCUCCACAGCCUUCGACUCCGACGACGACAGCAGCAUCCCGGACCCUGGCCCUACCCCCGGUGGCUUUCCGUGGAGCAGCUUCGGAUUCGGCAGUAAAGCGAAGAGUAAGGAGGAGGAGCAGACGUUUCACAACGAGCAGUUUGGCGAUGUAUUUGAAGAGAUGCUGAGAGAGGAAGGGAUGUCUGAGAAUGGGGGGCAGCCGACGGGGAAGUUUUGGAGUAUGGUGGGCGGGUUAUCGGGGGCGGCGAUGGGCUUCAUCGUAGCGAAUUUUGGGGGCAUGGUCGCUGGUGCUGUGGCCGGGAAUCGGCUGGGGGCCGUGAGAGACACGAAGGGGAAGAGCGUAUAUGCUGUCUUUCAGGAGCUGCCACAAGAUGCCAAGGGGAAGCUACUGAGUCAGUUGGCGGCGAAAGUGUUUAGUCAUGCGGUCGGCAUUUAG